UUUUUAAUGCUGCAAUAUAUUAAGCCAUCACAAACAACAGCUCUGUUUCUAAAGUUAACUUCAAAGAAGUUAUAAUGAUGCCAAACCAAAGAGUUCCGAUGAGAUCACAGAGAAGACUUUUAACUGCUUCUGUAAACCCGUCGCUGACCCUUGAAAAUUCAAAAACCACACAACACACACUUGAAAUACUUUCAAAUGGCUUUCAAGAGGAUGAGAGAUUGUGGCCUCGACUGAUCGAAAGUGUGAAGGCCAAGUUAAGCCUGCAGGGAACAAAGAUUCUCAAAGUGAAAAGAACAAAGAAUUGUUUUGAAAAAAAAUUCAGUGUCAAACCUGAAGAAAAACUUGUAAAGGCAGCGCAGUGUAAUUUACAAACAACAGCAGGUCCUAUUGCAGGCCUUCUCUUCAUUUCCACAGAUAGGGCUGCUUUUUGCAGUCACAAACCAAUCAAGAUUUCUUCUUCCAGUGGCGAGAUUAUUAAAUUCCACUACAAGAUAUCGAUUCCACUGAGAAAAUAAAGAAAGCCAUGGAGAGUAAGAGUUUAAAGAAACCAUCGCACAAGUACAUUCAAGUAGUAACUGAGGAUAAUUUUGAUUUCUGGUUCUUGGGAUUCUUAAAUCACAAGAGCAUCUUGAAAUGUCGUCAGGGGGCGGUUUAUGAGACUCAAGGCCACUAUACUCUAUGACAAAGCUGGGAAUUCUGCUAUACACAUUGGUUUUAUGUAUACAAACCGGAGUUGGUUCUCAAUGCCACAAUAUUCUAUGGCAAAGUUGCCUCAGUAUAGACGAACGAGCUUGUAAAUUAUUAGUUGCUAGACUAGAAUAUAUAUAUGCACAUGCAAUUUGUCGUAUAAGCUACUAAACGAGGCAUUAGUCUAUGUUCUUUUACUAGUCCAUUACGAGUCAAUGGUGAUAUUGAGAUAUCAGUUUUUCUUUUCAAAGCAAGAGAUCGUCUUAUUCUUCCGCAUAA